AUGAAAGAGUUCCAUCUUACUUUUCUCGACUUCCCAAAAGAUAACUCUGUGACUAGGCUAAUUUCAAGGUGCCCAUCUCUUGAAUACCUGGCUCUGACUGCUGUGAAUUGGAAACUUGUGAAUCCCGUUAAUAUUUGUUCGCCUUCUCUUCGUAGAUUGGCUAUAAAUAUUACUGAUAAUUGGUUCAAAAAACCAAGGAGCAAGGUUGUACUUAAUGUUCCUAAUUUGGAGUAUCUAAACUAUGUGGAUGUUUGGUCAUUGAGCUAUUCCAUUGGAGAUCUGAAUUCUCUAGUUGAAGCUGAGGUUGAUAUUGCAGCUAGGGGUAGUUUUGAGACUGUACUUAACCUUAUUAGCUCGUUGUCUAAUGUCCGGCGUUUGCAUCUAAUGGGAAUGUGCGUACAGGUUUUAAAUCAAUGUGAGAUACUGAAGCAUAAGUUGCCCGUCUUUCGUAAUCUGAAUCAUUUGCAGCUUGGCUGUUGGAACUAUUUCAAAUGGAAUAAAAUAUUGAUGGAGCUGCUAACUUGUGCACCUUUUCUAGAAACACUUACUUUUACAGAGUUGAUACAUUUUGACUUGGACACUAUUGAUAUACAGAUUAACUAUCCUGAUCUUAACAUCCUGUUUGAUGCUAGCCACCACCUUCUACACAGAUGGAACCUACAAAAGCUAUACAACCUCAUUUCUAUCUCUCCAAACAUUAUAAACCAAUGCAGCAUUAGCAGCGUAACUCACUGCCUUCCUGAAUUGGCCCUUGCUAUGUCUCCUAGUCCACUGCAUCAAAGAAGCUACAUUGGACCUGUAGUUGUUGAUACCAAGCCAACUGAAGAUGGUUGUUUUACACUGAUUGCUGAACUCAUACCCAAAGAAAAGGUGGGAAACUGUUUAACUGGUAGAGUCACAAUGAUCAUCGGUACCUACCCCAAACUGGUGAAGUCAACCUCUGGUUUCGAGACAAACAAGGAAAGCUAA